AAGUUUCAGAAGAAAGAAGUUGCUAAAGUGCAGAGACAUCGAGGAUAUUUAAGAGAGAAACAAAACGUCCAAUCCUCCCUCCCCAAUCCUUUUUUCAGACAGUCCCGGAAAGAGCAAAGGCCAAGUUUGAAAAAGAAAGAAAAAUAAAGAUGAAUACGGGCCUACAACAAAUAUUUGUAUGAUGCCAGGUGGCUUAUAGCCAAAAAAUAGUCAUCCAUUAACAGAUGGAGCAUAUUUUGGAGCCAUUUUAACUUCCUCAUUCGUUUCGCCACGGUGCCAGCACCGUAUGUAGCAAUAGACUAUUCGAUCAGUGUCUCGUUUGCCUAAUGCAUCACGCACAUCUCUAGCACAGCAUUGUAAAAGAAAAGUUCUGAGCGACGAUACACAAUAAAACUGAAGUAAGCUACAACUGUAUCACGUGCUUUCCACUGAGAAACUAGGAAUGGGCAUACUUAUCUUCUUCAUAUUCGCAGGGUGUGCGACCGUGUCCAGUGCUGUCACAUGCUAUACCUGCCAAGAAGGCUAUGUCCCCUUUGACCCAGAAGAAGGUCUUUUCGACUUGACCAACUGCUCUGCACCAAGCCGAAACAACGAUUUCGUCGACACAGACACGAACUGUACUGGUACUUGUCUUACCACGAUUUCGCUGAGAAGUUCAAGUUCAUACUACGAGGUCUCUCGGUCUUGUCUUGAGGGUUCUCCUUCAUUUCUGACAUCACAAUGCGAUAUAGGGUGCACGACUCCAUCCGAUUGCAGACAGUGUUGCGACUCCGACUUUUGCAACGAUGCAUCUGUGGAUGACAUCAUGAAGGAGAAUCGAAUGGGCCAAACUUGCUACGAGUGUCGGCACAGCGAGAUACCUUACACUGGUAAUUACAACCCGAGUUGUGGACUGGCUUUCGACCCAGAGGGCACGGCCUUGAGGUAUUCCUUCUGCGAGGGUCUAUGUUAUAGUGCAGUCACGUUCAUCGAGGGGGUAGAAGACGUUCAGCGUGGAUGCCAGAGAUUAGGAAUCAGUUGCGAUGAUGCCAACCACCCAUAUAAGGACGACAAAAGCGUUAGUAUCGGCAGUCUGGACUACGAUAUGAAGUGUUGUUUGGGUUCCCUUUGCAAUGGGGGUCGGUCUGUUGGUUCUACCAUGAGCAUGAUCGUACUCGCUUCUUUCUUGGCUCAGUUCUUGGCUCUAGCACUGUAAUAAAUAGAGGGAAAUUCAAUUCAACUGCCAUACUAGAUGUUUGCCAGAAACCCAGUGAAAUUUGGAUUUCAAUGGGCUGUCGGUGAACCUUUAAAGGUACUAUGUCCCAUUUGCAGGCCCAAAAAAUGAAAAGGUUAAAUUCCAACUGCAUUUGAAAGAUAAUACUA